ACGCAGCGCGGUCACGUGGUCCCGGCGCCGUCAGCUGCUCAGCCGUCAGGAUCUCCAUCAUGGUGCUGCAGCCCGUCAUCUCCAAGCUGGCAGGGAAGCUGGUGGUUCUGGCCAGUUCAUCCCAGAGGAGGCUGGAGAUCCUCCGCAACGCCGGGUUGCGGUUUGAGGUGGUUCCGUCUUGGUUCCAGGAGACGCUGGACAAGCGUCUGUUCUCCACGCCGCAGGAGUACGCGGUGGAGACGGCCCGGCAGAAGGCCCUGGAGGUGGCCCGGAGGAUGCCCUUCAAACACCUGAAGACGCCCGACAUCGUGAUCGGAGCCGACACCAUCGUGACGGUGGACGGGAUGAUCCUGGAGAAGCCGAAGAACAAGGACGACGCCUACCGGAUGCUGUCCAGCCUGAGCGGGAAGGAGCACAGCGUCUUCACCGGCGUCGCCAUCGUCGUCUGCUACGAGAAAGAAAAUGACGAGGUGGACUACCAGCUGAUAGACUUCUACGAAGAGACCAGGGUGAAGUUUUCCGACCUGUCGGAGGAGCUGCUGUGGGAGUACAUCAACAGUGGAGAGCCCAUGGACAAGGCCGGCGGGUAUGGGAUCCAGGCUCUGGGUGGGAUGCUGGUUGAAUCCGUCCACGGAGAUUUCCACAACGUGGUUGGAUUCCCCCUCAACCACUUCUGCAGGCAGCUGGACGUCCUCUACAACCACGUGUCCCCCGUGGGGACACCCGAGGGGACCAACACCCCCUUCCAGAGCAGCCCGGCGGCCGGCCCAGUUCACAGGAUAAAGAAGUCGGGUGGAGACUCUGAGUCGACCUCAGUGUUCAACGGCCUGCCGACGCCUGAUGCCGGUGAGACGGCGACGUCACCGCUGGUCAAACACAGAGAACGCGUGACCGAGACGACCGCGACGCACGGAGACGGUGGAGCUGCAGGAGACUUGAAGAGAAUAUGUGAGCUGAUCGAUGGAUUCAAGGCCUCAAAGGCUCUGUUCUCGGCCUCCAGCUUGGGCGUGUUCGACCUUCUCUCCAGAACUCCUGGCCUGGAUGCAGCGCAGGUGGCCCACGACAUCAGCGCCUCCGUUAGAGGGACGGAGCGGCUGCUGGAGGCCUGUGUGUCUCUGGGGCUGCUGGAGGUGGGAGAGAGAGGCUCCGGUCCCCGGUACCAGAACUCCCCCCUGGCCCUCCGGUUCCUGUGCUCCGACUCCCCCUGGUGUCUGCAGGGAUACCUGCAGCGCUGCGACCAGAUGCUGUGGCCGCUCUUCAGCCGGCUGGAGGCCGCCGUGGUGGAGGGCCGGCCCCAGCGCCAGGGGGCCCCCGGGGCGACCAGCGGGGCGGCCGGAGGACCCCAGGACCCCCGGACCCCCCCCCAGGACGCGGCCCGGACCAGCCGAGACGCCCGGCUCAGGUUCAUGAACGCCAUGGACAGCUACGCUAAGGUGGCCGCGGUCGCCGUGGCGACGGCCUUCGACCUCUCCAGCUUCAAAACAGCCUGUGACCUCGGAGGAUGCACCGGGGCGCUGGCCCGUGAGCUCACCAAGGCCCAUCCUGGAAUGUCGGUGCUGGUGUUUGACCUGCCGGCCGUCGUGGAGCUGAGUGACGGCUUCCAUCAGCAGAGCUCCGGCAGCAGGGUGACCUUCAUGGCAGGGGAUUUCCUCCAGGACUCCCUCCCUCAGGCUGAUCUCUUCAUCCUGGCCAGAAUCCUGCACGACCUGCCGGAGGAGAAACUGCAGCUGCUGCUGGGGAGAGUAGCAGCCGCCUGCAGGCCAGGGGGGGGUCUCCUGCUCAGCGAGGUGUUCCUGGACCCGGACCGGUCCGGUCCCCCCACCGGGCUGCUGCAGGCGCUCAGCAUGUCUGAGGGGAGGCAGCGCAGCGCCGCCGAGUACCGCCGGCUGCUAGCGCCGCACGGCUUCACCUGCACACACACCGCACACACACACGGCCUGCUGGACGCCAUGCUGCUCACCAAGACCCCCGGGACCAGCUAGGGGGCACUACGGCGGCGGCACGGCGGCGGCGUUGCCACGACUACGGAACAGCUGUCUGUGGAGACCUGCUGGAUGGAUCCCCAACUCCGGACUCUGGUUCCUAGUGACUGGUUACCAGUUACCUGGUUAUACAGGUUCCUGGUACUGGUGGCUGGUUCCUGGUUCCUGUUACUGGUUACUAGUUACCUGGUUAUACAGGUUCCUGGUACUGGUUACCUGGUUACCUGGUUAAUGGUUCCUGGAUCUGGUGACUGGUUACUUGUGACUAGUGGCUAGUUCCUGUUCCCGAUUACCUGGUUCCUGGAUCCUGUUACUGGCGACUGGUUACCUAGUUACCGUUUCCUGGUAACUUGUUUUCUGGUUCCUAGUUCCUAGUUCCUGGUUUCUGGUUUCUGGUUUCUGGUUCCUAGUUCCUGGUUCCUGUUCCCUGUCCUGCAUCCGUCUGCUCUUGUAUCCAUUAAAAUGUCUCCUCCUGCCA